CCCUUGCUGAGCUUCUUAGGAAAAAAAAAAGAUGCUUUAUGUGUCAAAUAUAGGCUAUGUUAAAUCAUAGCAAAGCCUUUUGCCUCAUUGCACUCCCGAAAGCAAGAUGGGUCACCAGCAGCCCUACUGGAGCCACCCACGGAAGCUGGGCCAGGGUUCUCACUCUCUUCACAUCUGCCCAAACCAGCAUAGUCUGAUCUGGAAACACGGCCUCAAUAUGUGCCGCCGAUGUUUCCAUCAGUAUGCAAAGGACGUAGGUUUCAUUGAGUUGGACUAAGUGAUCUUCCUUGAAUGGAUUAUCCAAGGCAUCCACCCAAUGAAAGAAACCAUGUUAGUUCUUUGUACAUAAAAUAAACAUUUUUUAAAAACGAAAUAAAUAAGUCAUAUCAAAAAUUCCACCUUAAUAUA